CCUCUCUCCUGCCUCGUCCGAUUUCUCCGCUCUGACUUUCCCCGACUCUCGCGCCGUGAAUAUCUCUCUUAUCCCCUUCCUCCCGCCGCUCCCGCUCUACUUAAAGGAAUUCUCAUUUCGUUCCAAAUGAACAUACUGGAGAAGCUGAAGAUGCAAAAGAAGGAACCAGAUGAAGAUAAAGCACCUAAAGUCGAAGGCCCAGUUUACUGGCUCGAAACCUCCGAUUCCAUCACUCGUCGUUACGAAUUUGAACCCGACGGCUACCUCUCCGUGAAGGUGGUUAAUGAUUCAAGACCAGUAUACCAUAGAGUGGUUGAAUCUUUCCUGAAUAAGUUUUUCCCCUCUGGGUAUCCAUAUAGUGUGAACGAGGGUUACCUUAGAUACACUCAAUUUCGGGCAUUACAACACUUGUCCAGUGCAGCAUUAUCCGUUUUGUCAACUCAGUCACUGUUAUUUGCUGCAGGUUUGCGGCCUACCCCCGCACAGGCAACUGCAGUGGGUUGGAUAUUGAAGGAUGGAAUGCAGCAUAUGGGAAAGCUCAUAUGUAGUAAUUUGGGUGCAAGGAUGGACUCAGAGCCAAAACGUUGGAGAAUUUUGGCUGAUGUGCUAUAUGAUUUGGGUACUGGGUUGGAAGUUCUUUCACCUUUAUGUCCUCAUCUUUUUCUUGAAGUAGCAGGACUGGGUAAUUUUGCAAAGGGAAUGGCAGUGGUCGCUGCAAGGGCGACUAGAUUACCAAUAUAUUCUUCAUUUGCCAGAGAAGGGAAUCUUAGUGACCUAUUUGCGAAAGGAGAGGCUAUAUCAACACUUUUCAAUGUUGUUGGAAUAGGAAUUGGGAUUCGGUUGGCAUCUACGCUUUGUUCAUCGAUGCAAGGGAAGUUGGUUGUUGGACCUCUUCUUUCCAUCAUACAUGUGUAUAGUGUUGUUGAAGAAAUGAGAGCUGCUCCGGUUAAUACAUUGAAUCCUCAAAGGACUGCCAUGAUUGUUGCGGAUUUUCUAAAGACUGGAAAGGUAUCUAGUCCUUCUGAUCUCAGAUAUCGGGAAGAUCUCCUAUUUCCAGGGAGACUAAUUAAAGAUGCCGGGAAUGUGAAAGUAGGAAGGGCUUUGAACAAGGUCGUCAAGCCUUCAAAACUUAAUGAAUGGAAAGAAAUGUUCCCUGUAGAGAAGUUUGUUUUGAGUCAUGGAAAUAAAUGGUGUGACAUGUUGCUAGAGCAUAAUGCUACUGGGGAAGAUGCACUAAGAGGGUGGCUAGUUGCUGCAUUUGCUGCAAGCAUGGAGAAGUCCUUAAAUGAGCCAAGUGCUAGUGUCUUGCAAGAUGCUUAUGACAAGAUGAAUACCAUGUUCACUCCGUUUUUGUCUGAGCUGCAGGCCAAAGGGUGGCAUACUGAUCGUUUUCUUGAUGGAACAGGAAGCCGUUUUGCAUUUUAAUCGUGAAACACAUCAAAACACAAGAUAUUCAUUAUUGAAAUUGAACAAGAAAAGAGGUAAAGGUUAUAUCUUGUAUUUUAGAAAGAGGAUUGCAUUUGUUUUAAUGAGGUAGUGAUGUGCUUGUAAGAUGCAUGUAGAUCGGAUUAGAAUUGUUGAAUGAAACAUACAGGGAAAAUGACCACUUUUUCCUUUUGAAUAUUAA